GAUAUCACUAUAGAAUGAAAUCUAGAAUAGAAACAACAAAUUUGUUCAAAUUUCUUUCCUCGGUUUACUUUAAUCUAUGUUGAAUGUCAGUUACAUCGUAAUGUUUGAUAUUUGUUGAAAUGAACUUUUGGAUUGUUUCUAAUCACUUAUUAAUGUUUUAGCUCUUAUGAAAUAACCGCAAAGAAUUUUAAUUGCACGUGCAUUGUUUAAAUGCGUUUUAUUUAUUAGGCGAAGCAAACCUCGCUCCCUUUAUACGACCAGUGAAGGUCACUAUUUUUUAAAAUGGCUGAUUCCAGCGAUUUGGAUCGGCAAAUAGAACAACUAAAAAAAUGUGAAAUCAUCAAAGAAGCAGAGGUUAAAGCUCUUUGUGCCAAGGCACGUGAAAUUCUUAUCGAAGAGAGUAACGUACAAAGAGUGGACUCUCCAGUUACUGUAUGUGGGGAUAUUCAUGGUCAAUUUUAUGACUUGAAAGAAUUAUUUAAGGUUGGGGGUGAUGUUCCAGAGACAAAUUAUCUAUUUAUGGGAGACUUUGUUGACAGAGGUUUUUAUAGUGUUGAAACAUUCCUUCUACUUUUGGCAUUAAAAGUUCGUUAUCCUGAUAGGAUUACAUUAAUAAGAGGAAAUCACGAAUCUCGACAGAUUACACAAGUUUAUGGUUUUUACGAUGAAUGCUUACGCAAAUAUGGCAGCAUUACAGUUUGGCGAUAUUGUACUGAAAUAUUUGAUUAUUUAUCUCUUUCCGCUAUCAUUGAUGGAAAAAUAUUUUGUGUUCAUGGUGGAUUAUCUCCAAGUAUUCAAACACUUGAUCAAAUAAGGACUAUAGAUAGAAAACAAGAAGUGCCACAUGAUGGUCCAAUGUGUGAUUUACUUUGGUCAGAUCCUGAAGAUACUCAAGGGUGGGGAGUUUCACCACGUGGAGCUGGUUACCUUUUCGGAAGUGAUGUUGUAGCACAGUUUAAUUCUGCAAAUGAUAUUGAGAUGAUUUGUAGAGCACAUCAAUUAGUUAUGGAAGGAUAUAAAUGGCACUUUAAUGAGACUGUUUUGACUGUUUGGUCAGCACCUAAUUACUGCUAUAGAUGUGGGAAUGUUGCUGCAAUAUUAGAAUUAAAUGAACACCUUCAGCGAGAAUUCACAAUAUUUGAAGCAGCACCACAGGAAAGUCGAGGAAUACCUAGUAAAAAGCCCCAGGCUGAUUACUUUUUAUAAAAAAAAAUUUAAUUAAAAAUGACUGCAUAAACCAAAAUAUUUCCAAAUGUUUUUUUUUGUUAAAGAAAAAAACCAUUUUAAAUGAUUGCUUGACACAUAUUUGCAAAACGUUCACAUAGGAAAAGAGAAUUUGAUCAUGAGAAUAUUGUAGACGAAAACUAAUGUUGAUUCAUUUGUAAUUGAAUAUUAGCAACGGACUUCUAUCGGUAUUGGAAAUAUCAAUUUGAUAUAAUAAAUAAUAUGAGUAUAUGUGUUUUUCAA